ACAGAUUUACUGUUGUGUGUCUGUGAGUUCAGUUAAACAGUGGCAGGGUCGGUGGAGGAGAGGGAACACAAGGUGUGUGUCGGUUGUUCAACAUGUCUGUGUGACUGCAGGACACACAGUAUCUCGCACCAUGAACAACUCGGUAACUUCCGCUACUUUCGUCCGGAACAUCAGCUACAGUUCCCGUCGCAGGUUGUCGGACUUCCUGGAUCCUCAGGACAGGUGGAUCGACGUGGCGGUGUCCAUACGGAAGCCGAGCGGGGACUUGAGGUACUCGCAGCAUCACAUCAGGAGGUUUCAGGGCCUGGUGGCUCAGGGCAGGAGUCCCACAGAGGAGCUGUUGAAUGACUGGGGAACCACCAACUGUACAGUGGGGGAACUGGUGGACAUUCUGAAGAGUCACAGGUUACUGGCUGCUGCUUCUGUCCUACUUCCUGUGGAGGAAGCCUCCUCAGAAGAGCUGCAGCAAGCGUCUCCUCCAGCAGCUCAGACAGAGAGUGAGCUUCCCACCAGACUCCUGGAGGAGAGACAGACUCAGUCUUCCCAAGUCGACUCCACUCGUCAGCCACAGACUCUGCAGCCGCAGACUCGGCAGCCGCAGACUCUGCAGCCGCAGACUCUGCAACCGCAGAUUCUGCAGAAGAGCAGUGAACCUCGGGACACAGGCAACUGUUUCUCCAGCUUCCUGUACAAUGAGCUGAAGGAGAUCACGGGCAACUUUGACGACCGCCCCAUGUCAGACGGCGGCAGCCGACUGGGAGAGGGAGGCUUCGGCACCGUGUACAAAGGGCUCCUGAACGACAAGCCUGUCGCAGUGAAAAAGCUGAAUCCAAUGGACAACACUUCCCUGGACGAGCUGCAGGUUCAGUUCUAUCAGGAGAUCCAAACUCUGAAAGUGUUGAAGCAUGAGAACUUGGUGGACAUGGUCGGGUUUUGCUGUGACGGACAGCACCCGUGUGUGGUGUACGCCUUCAUGGCCAAUGGAUCUUUGCUUGACCGACUAGCGUGCCUGGAUGAUAGUCCUCCACUGUCCUGGCAACAGAGAUGCGUGAUAGCAGAGGGGACGGCAAGAGGCCUGGAGUAUCUGCACAGCAACCAUCAUGUGCACAGAGAUGUCAAAAGUGCGAAUAUUCUGUUAGAUGAUAAUCUUGUGGCGAAGAUCUCGGACUUUGGGCUGACGAGAGCAUCAGCCAAGCGGACGUCAACGACCAUGAUGACAGAGAGGAUUGUGGGAACCCGUGCAUACAUGGCGCCGGAGGCCCUUAGAGGAGAGAUCACACCCAAAUCUGAUGUCUUCAGCUUUGGAGUGGUGCUGCUUGAAAUAAUGUCUGGAAUCCCGCCAGCCUGUGAGAACCGGGAGCCACAGUUCUUGAUGGAGGUUAGGUAUGAUAUAGAGGACGAAGAGGAGGACCUGACUCUGGACGACAUUAUAGACAAAAAGAUGAGAGACUGGGAGCUGAGUCAGGUGGAAAACAUCUACUCUUUGGCCUGUAACUGCCUCCAUGACAGGAAAAACAGACGACCGCACAUCGAUCAGGUCCUGUCAGAGAUAAAGGGGGUCGUCAAAAGCAUUACACUGGAUCUUCAGGCAUAGCAUCACACUGAAAAUACAAGAUGUGAAAACCUGCCCAGCUCCUUCAAUGCACUGACUGAAAAAAUGUUUCUUGAAUCCAUUUUUGAUAAAUUUUACUGACAAAAAAUCGCAUCAAUAUAUAUUUCUAAAGUAAUAUACUUUUGUUUUUACCUUUUUAUAAAUAAUUUAAAAAUGUUCUGUUAAGAAGCUCAGUUAAAACAGUUGUGCAAGUGCGACUGCUACAGAAGUAUUGCAGUGCAAUGUACUAGCUGAGCCUGAGAUGUCAUCAGGUUAGAUGGCUCAAUAAAUUGCUGAUUCUGUUUUUCCUGCCGUUAUUCCUGUAUUAGCUGUGAAAAAGAAUAAAAUGAAUGAAACA